UUUCGUUCUCCGUUCUGUUCGCAAUUCUAGGGUUUGUCCUCCGACUUGACAGACGCAUUAGGGCUUCUGGGUUCCGACACCAUUCUUUGCGGAUUCUCGUCUUCUGUUACGUUAGUUGGAUUACGAGAAGUUGUUACUGAAGUAGAAAAAUAACAUCGAACAUUACUUUCAUGGGGAAGAGGAAGUCGAGAACCAAGCCAGCUCCUAAUAAACGAAUGGACAAGCUUGAUGCUGUCUUCUGCUGCCCAUUCUGCAAUCAUGGAAGUAGCGUAGAGUGUCGCAUUGACAUGAAGAACUUGAUUGGUGAAGCCUCAUGCAGGAUUUGUCUAGAAAGCUUUAGCACUACUGCCACUGCACUGACUGAGCCUAUUGAUAUAUAUAGCGAAUGGAUUGAUGAGUGUGAAAGGGUUAAUCUUGAAGACGAUGGGGCUUGAGCAUCUGGCCGGUGGUGCUUCAAGCCGAGUGGAUAGAUGAUGUAAUGGUUUGGCAAUCUUAUAGGGUGAAAUAUGCGCAUCAUCCUUUACGUUGUAGGGUAGUAAUGAUUAAUUUUCUUGGAGCAGUACGCUGUAGUGGUAUUCAUAACUCCUUGCUUGCUUGCCUAGCUGGUGAUCGUAUAUAACUGCUCCGUGUAGUUGCCUAGUAGAUGUUUACGUUCUUGAA